UGGUUGGCGGGUACGAGCGUUGCGCGCCCUCGUUGUGUAGUCUGUUCAUCCAUUCAUAUGUAAAUGAACCGUCAUAUAUACCUAGUACAUGCCCCGUCGGAGCAGUACUGAAGAGCCCAGCCUCUCUGCAAGCUUUGUUGGCCGCUGGGAUUGCUCGGCCAUCUGUCCCCAUUGACAAGCUGUAACGGCUCUUUGGAUUACUCGCCACCCUCCAGUCCAGUGGACUUCUGGCAGCGCCUGGGUUAAACUUCAACAACAUGGCCCCCAUCCGUAACACCACCAACGGAAUGGACAGAGGUGAAAACUGCAGUGGAGUCAAAUCAGACAGAAAGAUGAGGAAACCUCUGGUCGAGAAGAAAAGGAGAGCUCGCAUCAAUGAAAGUUUACAAGAACUCAGAGUUCUCAUCGCUGAGGCGGACUUACAAUCAAAGAUGGAGAAUGCCGAAGUGCUGGAGAUGACUGUGAAACGUGUGGAGAGCAUCUUACACAACCAGGCACAAGAAGUGGACGCUGUGAACCGGGAGGCAUGUGAACGCUUUGCAGCCGGCUACAUCCAAUGCAUGCAUGACGUGCAUACUUUUGUGUCCAGCUGUCCGGGCAUUGACCCAACAAUAGCUGCUGAGCUCCUGAACCACCUCCUUGAGAGCAUGCCCCUGAACGACGAAGACCGCCUCCGGGUGAUGCUGCCGGACACGGCUGCGGAGUGCCCCGGCAGCAACAGCAGCACCUGGGCCUUGUCUGAGAGCAUGUACACGGCCCUGGUGUCUCCAGCCCCCUCCACUACCUCCAGUGACGACCUCUGUUCCGACCUGGAUGAGACGGACUCAGAUCAAAGUCAUGUGUCUUCUUCAGAUGACGCCAGCGACCAGGAUGUGUUGAGCCUGCCUCCCCUGACAUACUCCAAGUCUGUGUGGAGGCCAUGGUAGAUGAUAUGAGAGGAAGCCUAUUUAAAACCACAGUAGAGGAUUCAGUGUUUUGUUUGUAGGUUGGUUUUGUGGAAUAGGCCCUCAGUACAUGACAGAAUCUCUGCUGAGAUGACAUUUGAAGCUUGUGAAAGGCAUCUGAGAAGCUCUUUGUGUAAUUAUUGGGAAACAGCUAUUACCAGAAAUGUAUUUAAUAAAUAAAAUAUGUAAUAAGA